AUGGAGGAAUUUGCGCAGACAUUCCAUGUCAACACAACUGCGACAUACUUCAGCAUGUUCGCUUUCCUUGAGUUAUUGGAUGCAGGGAACAAGAAUGCACUGGAUGGUGGCUUUGGUAAGCCACUUGGAGAAGGCAGCAAGGUACCGAGUAUACAGUCACAAGUCAUCAUCACAUCUAGCGUUGGCGCUUUUUUGCGUGAGUGGCAGUGCGCGCCGGCAUAUGCAGGGAGCAAAGCAGCCAUCACACAUAUGGUCAAACACGCUAGCACGGGACUUGCACCGCACGGUAUUCGGAUUAACGCUUUAGCACCUGGAUUCUUUCCCUCAGAAAUGGCCAAUACUAUUAUUGAGAGCAGAGAUCCCAGUACGGAGAGCGUCGACGAUCCGAACUUUAUCCCCGCACGUCGGUUUGGGGGAGAAGAGGAAAUGAGUGGAACAAUAUUGUAUCUUGCGAGUCGGGCGGGCAGCUUUUGUAAUGGACUGAUACUUGCUAAUGACGGAGGGAGGUUGGGUGUUACGAUGAGCACUUACUGA